AUGUCUCCUCACUACUGCCUCCCCUCCCCCUCCGCCGCUCUCUCCAUCUCUCUUCUCGCCCUGUUUCACUGCUGCCCACGCCGCCCAUCCCUCUUCCGCCUCUCACAACACGCACGCACGCCACCGGACGCCAAACGACAACGCGUGCGCGCACACACCGCAGCCACAAGGCCAUCGCGUCGCCGCACCUCCGCUCUCUCCCGCUCUCCCUUCUGCCUUUCCCCCGUGCCGCUUCCCUCCUCGUCCGCUUUGCUGCGCCAUCUCAUCCCCCCACCCCACCUCUGUCGUUGCUUCUCCCGUCUGCCUCGGCGCUGCCCCUCUCAGCCUCUCGCUCUCGUCCGUUUUGCGGCCAUGGCAUGCAGUGUGGUUGUCAUUCUCUACGUGGCCUUGCAGCUCGUCGCGUUCCUCUUGGUGCUGGUGGGAACGCCGCUGGACAUGUUUCGCGCAGCGGCUCCGGAUAUUUUGGGACCAAAGUUGGUGUGCGUCUCACUAUGGGGUAUGAAGGUGGACUGCUACAAUACGACAUAUAUUGUGACGACGGAUGUAUUGUGGGCGGACUGCUUAGGCCGGCUGAAGCUCUUCCAGGCUGCACAGGCCUUUGUCAUCAUCUCCGUCCUUAUCUACUUCUCCGCGUUCAUCUUUGGCAUGUUUCUGCUCUUCUGCUCUUCCACCUUUCGUUGGGUCUGCCUGGGACUCAAUGUAGCUGGCAUCUUCACCCUGUGCGUUGUGUGGGCGGCCAUGGUGGUGACGUACUACAAGGAUGAUGAGUCAGACUGCAAGAAGGCCAAGGACGAGUUCACCUUCGGGAUCGGUUUUGAUCUCCUGAUCACAGCUUGGUGCCUGAAUAUCAUUAAUGCGAUAUUGAUGCUCUUUUACUCGAUAUCUUCCUCUCGCGUCAAUGAAAACAACACGCCGCUAACAAGCAGCAAAUAA